AUGCCCGUCGUCCUCAUUCCCUUCUCAGUAGGCGGCAGUCGAUUUGGCAUGAGCGUCGCAUACAUCAAGGGCGAGCCGUGGAUUUCAGAAAGCGACGCAGUCGCAGACGUUUACGAAACCCCUGCCAUCAAGCCGAAGUUUCACCGAUUCCUUGAGUUGCCCACUGAACUCCGCCUCGAGAUCUGGAAACUUGCCCUCGAUGUCGAUACGAACGUGAUGGAAGUGCGCAAGGCAGUCAGGAGGGGCAAUAACCCCGCUCGACCCGGGUUUCUUCCCCAGUUUUGCUAUACAUCGCGACGAACCUUCGACGAGACGGUCGCCACUGUCAUCGAGAAUUUGCAGAUGAUGAUUUGCUCAUACGCCGACAACCAGUUUGCACGCGCGUUUCUGGCCGUAGAGCCGUGCCGCUUUGACCUCGUUCGUCACUUGGACUUCAGGUUCUUCAGCCGCUUCAAGGAAGAGUUUGGUGUGAACGCUGAUCUAGAAUUUGCUUUCGGAUGCAGGGGUCUGCGUACCAUCAAGCUCAACUUCCACUACAGCGAUCUGAUCCGGCUGGAAAUUGAGGAUGGUUACGACUACUACGAAGACGAUUUCACCCGUUACCCUGCCGAGGGUGAGGAGCUGUUCAACAAAUACAAGCUUGCUCGGAUAUUGGACUGCGACGCGCUCAACGCAGUCAUCAUCGAGCACUCAGGGUGUUACUGUCGAAUGGCGGUGGAAGCGGCCGAGGGCUUGGGGAGAAUCAUAGAACAGAAGUUCGCAGGCAAGGUCCCGAAGCAGAUCGUAAAGCUUGCCUACACUCGUCAGCCGACGAGACUUCGUGAAAACAACACUUUUGGCUGGAGUGUAUGA